UAAAGCUCCAUGUUCCAAGUGGACAGCAUUGGCCAAAAUCUCCCAAUCUUUUUGAAAUCCUCCCUUAAACCGAGGUGCGCAUCAACUACUUAGGCAAUCCCCGCGCCGAAGAACCCUUGAGAGAUGGCCAUGGCUACACAAAACCCUGUGGGUCAGAAGAAAGUCAUAAUACCAAACAAAUAUGGCGAAAAACUUGUGGGCAUAUUGCAUGAAACUGAAUCUCCGGAUAUCGUAAUCUUAUGCCAUGGUUUUCGGUCCACAAAGGAAGAUGAUACCAUGGUGAACCUUGCUGCUGCAUUGGAGAAUGGAGGAUUUAGUGCCUUCCGCUUUGACUUCGCUGGAAAUGGGGAAAGUGAAGGUUCAUUUCAGUUUGGUAACUAUUGGAGAGAGACUGAUGACCUACGUUCUGUAAUCCAACACUUUUCUGAAGCCAACCGUACAAUAAGGGCAAUUAUUGGGCAUAGUAAAGGAGGCAAUAUUGUGCUACUUUAUGCUUCUAAAUACCAUGAUAUCUCCACGGUUGUCAAUGUUUCUGGCCGUUAUGAUCUGACAGAAGGCAUUGUAGAACGUCUGGGGAAAGAUGUUAUGCAAAGAAUCAAGGAGGCUGGAUUCAUAGAUGUAAAGAAUAAAACAGGAAGUGUUAAUUUUCGGGUGACUGAGGAAAGUUUACUGGAACGACUAAGUACAGAUAUGCAUGAAGCAUGUCUUCAUAUUAGCAAAGAAUGCAGGGUCUUGACUGUCCAUGGAACUGAAGAUCAGAUCAUCAGUAGUUCCGAUGCAGUAAAGUUUAGCAAGAUCAUACCGAACCACAAAUUACAUAUUAUAGAAGGAUGUGAUCAUGGAUACACUCACUAUCAAGGAGAUCUGGUAUCAGUUGUUUUGGAUUUUAUAAAGGGAGCUUCUUCAGCGCAACAAGGUUCCACUAGCUAAAUACUUCUGUACCCACCAGCAUAUCUAGAAAAAUAUAAAGGCAACAUCAGAUCUUACAGAUAUAUAUAUAUAUAUAUGUAUAUAUAUAUAUAUAUUGAGCAUUCUAAGCUUGUAAUAAUGUUGAAUUAACUGUUACUGCAACUGCAAGUGUGUGGUAAAAUGUGAUCGAACUCUACAUUGUGCCUUUUCUUUUAGACAGUCAUGACCUGUGUAUUAGGCAAGGGUUGUGUUGAGUUACUAGGUAGUUGUAUUUUCAGCUGAAAAGGCCAAUUUGUGUU